AUGGCCAGCACUACUCCUCAAGAUCGAUUGAAUCGGUUGUUUUCCAACCAAGCACUUCCACCUGCUCCAACCCCCAAUCAACUUCACUUCUCGGAAAAAGAACUAGAACAAAGAGAAGCAACAGAGCAACAGCCAUGGAGGGUCCCUGGAACUGCGCAGGACCGAAAUGAGACCAAUGCAACCAAAAACCAACAUCCGCAGAGAGAUGUCUUAGUUCUCACCAGCUCCGACGACGACGACGAUUAUGUCGCCUCCUUUAAGCAGAAACCUUCCAUGAAAGCUACUCCGAAGAGAUCACAGCACAAAUCAAUUGCCAGGCUUGCACCCGAUCCAAGUGGAAGUCCCAAGGCUGUUGAACCUGACGACACCAUUCGGUAUUUUGCCAAGGGGAAGCCCUCCAAACGCGAGUCCUCCCGAUUCGAGACCGAACAUUCUGACUCUGACAACAAUGAGCUGCCGACCACAGACAAGAGAGGAAAUCCGGCCUUAGGACACUUCUGUCAAUUCGUCCUUGCUGCAAAAUUCCCAUACAAAUACAUGAACGAUGUCGAUGAUCGUGUCUCGCGCCACUUCUUUGCAUCCAAUAAAUUCUACAAUCGGACCUGGGACCUCCACUUCCUGCAUCCUCCCUCCAGCUUGAGUGCGAAACCUAUCUUCCUCGUCCCACAUGCACAAGUUCAGGAGCUUGUGACGGAGAUUGGCGAGGCCUUCAAUAUACCGGUCUCAGUACCAGCGUUUCCAUUUACUCUCACAUUUUACGAGGACGGAACACCCGGACCUCAACAUUUGGGCCAAUCACACUCCAAGGAAGAAGCACAAGAAAUACAAAACAGUGUCCCUGAUGCUGUCUCUGACCACGGUGAAUGCCCACAAGAUGCCUCGCUCGAAAGCAGACAGCAAUUUGAGGACUUCGAGCAUAAGUGUCGAGCAGCCCUCGCCGCGACUAGCAAGAGCAAAGGUGGGCGAAGCAAAAAGAAAGGAGGAGAUGACCGUUUGGUUGCAGUAAGAAAUUGGUAUGUACAGUUGAGACGAGCUCAGAGGUACAUGGGCUUGCGUCGAAAGACCAGCCAGAUCCAACACCCAGACCCGAGCAUGCCAUGGGAUGAACAGGAACAGUUCCAUCAGCAACAAUUGAAGAGAGCGCAUUUAAUUCUUGAUCCCCUCGACCUCAGCGCGCCAGUUCCCUAUCCCUUUGAAGCAGAGCCCGUCAUUAUUGCGAUUGAUAUAGAGGCAUAUGAGAGAUCCCACAACCUUAUCACAGAAAUUGGAAUCAGCACUCUCGACACACUCGACCUUGUCAAUAUCCCUCCAGGCCCAAGCGGUAAGAACUGGACGGAUCAAAUCCGUUCUCGACAUUUCAGAAUCAAGGGCAGGGAGCAUUUAAUCAACAAGGACUUUUGCGUUGGAGAUCCGAAUUCAUUCCACUUUGGCAAGUCUGAGUGGGUCGACCUUAAAGAUGCCGUGGCCAAGGUCGACAGUUGUUUUGAAUGGCCUUUCUCUGUGGCUCACAAACAUGUCAGCAUCAUUGACCCCUGGGAUGUCGAGCCAGACGGCUCUAGGAAAGAGAACAAAGUCCAGAGGCAACUUCCACCAAUUUUGGAGGGAGCGGCUGUUGCCAGUGUUCUGUAUGGCCUUGGCGAUCAGGAUGCCAUCACACAUGCCGUCAAAUUUGCCAAAGAGAACAAAUCGGCCACAGAAGUCUUGCAGCGUGGACCAAAAGGGCGCAACAUCAUUCUGGUCGGGCAUGACGUUGGGAAGGACGUCGCGUAUCUCCGGGAUCUUGGAUCCAAAAUUUUCACGUCUUCCUGGGCAACGUAUCCCAUUGGCGCUAUGGACAUUAUGGCCAACGGAGAAGGUUCUUCCAAAACAUUGGCCUCCAUCAUUGAUACACUUGACACGGCACCGUUGUAUCGGAUCCUGAAAGAAGAGAUGCAAAACCGUAACCUUGCUUCGAUAAUGAAGGACUUGGGCCUUCCAUGCUACUUCCCCCACAAUGGUGGAAACGAUGCACGAUAUACACUGGAAGCGCUCGUCGCAAUGCUUAUCGAAGCACGAUUGAAAGAUGAUAGAAAGCAGGAAAAAGGUGCAGAGGAAGAGGAACGGCACAAAUUGGACUCCAACGACAGUUAG